UAGUAGGAAUUGUGGGAUUAAUGCAUUUGUUGAUUAGAUAAUUAUGAUUAUUUUAAACGAUAUAUAGGCAUAUCUAACUAGUUUAACAAAAUUUUACAUGUGUUGAUAAAUAGUGCCAAUAAAUUGGGAAAAGUGUGUAUUUUGCCUGAUGGAAAAUCAGGGCCACGUGAAGGCACUAUGCAAGAAGUUUGAAAGUGGAGAGAUCAGUGCAGGUAGUAAAAAUUCGAAGAAAAGAAGACAUAAAUUUAAUGGAAAAUUGGUCACAAGAUCAAUAGAAACAUAUAAACAAUUACCGGAUGAUAAAAUAGACUCAAAAUGCAGGUCGUCAUCAACUGAAGAACCAAGUUUAAUUGCUACAAAAACAUCAACCGAAAUUGAAAAACGAAGAAAGAAAAUAUUAAGAAAAUUUGAUGAAGGAGUUGCGAAUAUGAAAAUGGAUAAAUUUAUUAAGGACGACGACACUGAUGUUAUUGAUGAUGAUAUUGGUGGUGAAAUAGAUAAUAUUGAAUAUACGAGUACUAACAAUAAUAUAGAACCAACAGAUGGAUUGCAGAAAAAUAUCAACAAGAUCAACAAAAGCGACAAAGAUAAUAACAAUAUUUUAGAAGAUGGAAAUAUUAAUCUAUCAGUAUCUCCUGACUUAAAAAAGGUAGAACUUAACAAAUUAGCAAAUUUAAAUUAUUCAGAAGAGCUAAAUUAUGAUCAUAUUUAUGAAUACUCUCCAAUACUAAUUGAAGAGAAAUUGAAGUUUAUAUUCCCCGAUACAAAUGCAUCGUCUGGGUCUUCUUUACCAAAUGUAGCGACUGAAGUAAGACAAGCAAUUCCGAGGCAAUCAACGAGGUUAACACCAGAAAAGAGGUUACAUUAUAUCGCAAAGGAGAUAGUGGAAACAGAAACCACAUAUUGUGAGGAAUUAUCAAAACUCGUAAUGUUAUAUAAACCAUAUAUUGAGAAAAACGCACCCCAUGAUAAGAAAUAUCUUCUGAAGUAUCUGUUUGGAAAUAUUCAUGAUAUAUAUUUUAAACAAGUGCGAUUUUUAACGGCCAUUCAAGACAGCCGGAUGGACAUUGACAAGAUAUUACAUUCUUUUAUUGAUGAAGGAACUCUCUUCGAACUAUAUCCACCAUAUUUUAUUAAUAGACGUAAAGCAGAAGGUGUUAUUAAGGAAUUUGACCAUCUCCUUAAAGGACUUCACGAAUAUUACAACACAUCUGUGGAAUUCACAGCUUACCUCCUAUUACCUCUCAACAGAUUAUCAAAAUAUGUUCUAUUUUUGAAAGAUAUUUUAAAACAGUUAAAAAAACUGGAGAGACCUACCGAAGUAUGUCAAAUUGCAUUGGAUAUCGUUGAAACUCAAAUGCGCAAUGGAAAUGAUGGAAUAGCAAUUGACUCAAUUAAAAAUUGCCCACUAAAAAGAACUGAUUACGGAUAUUUUAAGCAAAGGGAGAGGUUUAACAUUUCUAACAAAUAUAAAAAAGAAGCGUUUGUUUUCCUAUUUGAAAACGUUGUGGUUUUUACUACUGCUGAUCCAUAUGAGUUGGAAACAUUUAACUAUGAAGGUAGUAUCAAUAUGAAGGACUUAUCAAUGGAAUCCGUAAAAGAUUUAACUAUAACUCUAAAAGACUUCGAGAAAUGUAAAAAUAGUAAAGAUCCCAAAGAAUUUACUUAUAUUUUGGAAGCAAAAAAUAUAAACAUCUGGAGUGUUUGGAAAAGGGAUCUUGAAAUAAUGUUAUGGGAACAACUUUCGGAUGCUAAAGCUACAACUCCAACCCUUAGUUCCUCUGUGAGUUUAAUAGAUAUCAAUACUCUUAAGACAAGGUUAGAUAAAGAUAAACAAGAACAACCAAUCGAUAAUUUCUCAUGCUCUGAUGCAAACUCCAUUCUAAGUAGCCCUAUAAGCAAAGGUGAAUUUGGAUAUUUCAAGGCAAAAGCAAAAUUCUUAUUGACCAAACCUGUUAAACAGGAUGUAGUGGUCUUGUUAUUCGAGAAUUAUGUUAUAAUUACUUUUGAGGAUGCGACUAAUACUAAUUUUUAUCAUUACUACAAUAGCAUAAAAAUGACCAAUUUACUGAUGACUUACGAGGACGAUAAUAGAAUACAGUUAAUGGAUUUUGCUAAAAGUAAAGAGAAAGUUAUAACUUCGAAUUAUACGUAUGUUAUAAAAGCGUUGAAUAAAGCAACCUGGGAAUUGUGGAAGAAAAUGUUGGGCAGUUUGUUACUGGAUCAAUUUUUUCAAAAUAGAGAGCGACAUGGUACUACAGACCCGACACCAACCCGUAGCUUAUCGUUUUCAGUCAAAAGUCAAAAUAGUGAAGAGGAAAAUCAAAAAAUUUCAAGUCCCAUUCCAAGCCUUCGAUCAACAAAGAAUGAAAAUGAUAGAAAACUAGAAGACGCUGAAAUUUAUGUAAAUGAUUCGAUACUACCGACAUCAAACACCAUAAUUAAGGCACUUAAUUCAGAAUUUACGAGAACCUUACCAAAUCCCCGUUCAGUAAAAGGUGAUAAAGACAAAAAACUAAAAGAAGUUGCAAGUCCCUUGCCAAAUCCCCGUUCAAGAAAGGAUGACAACGAUAGAAAACUAGAAGAAGUUACUAGUCCUCUACCUAAACCUUCAACAAAGGACAUCAAAAUGGAUGGAGGCUACAUGAAUCUAUCACCAAUUCCAAACAUACCAUCAAGGAGCACAAAACCUCAAGAAAUUAAAUCAGAGUUGGGUCCAUCAAUUCCGCCCUUACCUAGAUCUAGGACGGUUUCUGAAGAUAAUUCUAGUCAAACAGAAAAUCAGGAAAAGAUUUCGAUUAAUUAUAUGAACCUACCACCAGUUCCUCCGAGAUUACUAAACGAUGGCGCAAAAACAAAAGAAGACAUUUAUAUGAAUCAACCUCAACUUCCACCUAGAUUAAAAAAAGACGAUGUAAAAAUAAAAGAAGUUUCUAUGAAUUUCAUGAAUUUGCCACCUGUACCUCCCAGGCUAAUAAAAGAUAACGAAAAAGCAUCAUCAAUAUUGCCCUUAUCAAUUCCCCGAAAAUCUGUAAAAAAUAAUUUGGAUUCCCGAGAAGAUCAGGAAACUGAAUAUGGCUAUCUGGAAAAUAUCAUGCCAACUCCAAGUAGAAAUGUUGAAAGAAAAGCCAGCUUAAAAGAACUUAACGAUAUACAUGCAACAUAUGAAAUGGAAGAAGCAUCAAGUAAUACAAAUAUAACAACACCAAUCGUCAAAAAAGAUUUGCUAACGAAAGAAAAUGAAUUUGAAAUUAGCCAAUUGAUUACAAAUAUUCCAAUUAAUAAUAUAGACCUUGGACCAUUCCAGAAAAAACAAUUAUUUACAAUUUUGGAACCUAUUAAGAGUGAAGGAAUAUUAUUUUUGUUUAAAAAUUUGCUUAUUAUAACGACAGUGGAUGAUAUAAGCGAAAAUGUUCGGUAUCACAGUAGUAUAGAAGUCAUGAAUUUGAACGUAACAUUUCCCGAAGAAAAUAAGAUAUGCUUAAAAGAUUUCUCAGAAUACUCAAAUUUGGACAAACACUCGCAGACCAGCUGUCUGCUAGCUGUAGAAAGUUCAGAAAUAUGGAAGGAAUGGAAAAGUAUAUUUGAAAAUGUUACACAAACUCGCAUAGAAAGUCGAACAGGAACCUUAAGAAAACCACCACUGCCACUUCCUAGAAUCAGUAGUCGUACGAAUAGCACAGAUAAUGGGACAGAACAUCAGCAGUCUUCAGAAAUAAAUCCGAGUUCUACUGGAGAAAUUUACUCAGAUCUAAAUGGUGAAGACUCAAGUGAAGACAUUUAUGCAGUUUCAGAUAACGAAGCGGUUCCUCCUCAAUUACCUCCUAGACUAAUAACUCUGGAUGAUAAAAAGGAAACUCCACCAUUACUUCCAGCUAGAGUUACACAACUAGCUAGUAGCAAGACAGCUCCUGCGGCGACUAAGAGUGAGAAAGAUGAUGUAUCGAAUCGUCCCAUAUCUUUAGAAAUGGAUUUCGGAAUUUUGAUCCAAAAGAGUCCAAUAGACAUGAAAUUCUACGGCGAUUUUCAAAUGAUGGAGAAAUUUAAAAUCAAGAAACCUUUUAAAAUGGAAUGUGUAGUGUUCCUUUUUAAGUCUAUCAUCAUUUUUACGUUUAGUGAAGAGGUAUCUUCUCAAUCUACGUUUUUUAUUAAUGACAAUAAACAUCCACAAUAUUGUUAUUACGAUUGUAUUUUCACGAAAGAUGUAAGAGUAUGUUGUUUAGAUGACCAUACACUAGAGCUUACAGAUUUUACGAAAAUAAAUGAAACAAAGAACGCUGCCAAAUAUACAUUUAUUUUGGAGUCAAAGAAAAAGGGCAUCAUACAAAAAUGGAACUCUGCUAUUGAAGAUAUAUUGUGGUAUGAAUGGAAAGUUACCAAAGAAAACGCACAAAAACUAAUCAGAAGUAAAACAUCUGUAUCAAGUUCGGGUAAAAAGUUAAAAUCUUCGGAUUUAAAAAACCAAAUCAAAACUUAUACAAAUGAACAAAUACAAUCAAUAAAAUAUAGUGGCCUCAAAAAACAUGAUUAUGGAAUGUUUAAAAUGAAGUCAACUUUUUACAUUAUGGAACCCAUCGAAGCACAGGGCCUAGUUUUCCUCUUUGAUAAUGUGAUUGUAUUUACAGUUCGUGACGAAGAAACUCCUGGAAGCUUCCAUAGCAUUGGAUACAUAAAACUCGAUUACUUACAUGUAGAAGAUUACGAAACCUAUCUACUGGUAUUGUCUGAUACACAAAAAUCGAAGAAAAAACUUGACGCAGUGCCAACAUCUUAUGUUCUAAAGGCAGAAAAUCUUAUAACUUGGCAGACUUGGAAGCUGCAUUUAAGAAAAAUAUUAAGCUAAACAGAUUCAAUUAUUGAUGCAAGAAAAAUUCCAGAAUGGUUAUAACUGAGACUGUGAUUUAUAUCGAUAGGCAUAAGUAAAAUUUUAUUGGCUAUGGUUAAAAGUUACCCUAAAAAAAUUGUAUUUAAAAAUUAAAAAAAUAUGUGUAAAUAAAUAUUAAAAAAA